AUGAAAACAUUUCAAGGUAAUAAUAUCUCAGUUUUCAUUCUCGUUGGCUUUCCAACUCGUCCAGAGCUUCAGCCUGUACUGUUUACCAUAUUUCUUAUAACUUACAUUUUAACUGUAGCAGAACAUGUGAUCAUCAUUCUAACAGUCAAGGCUAAUGUAAACCUCCAUAAGCCAAUGUACUAUCUUAUGUGUAGUUUAUCUUUCUUGGAAAUAUGGUAUGUCACAGUCACCGUUCCAAAUCUACUGAACAACUUUCUUACACAAAAUAAUAAAAUCUCUUUCAUAGCUUGCAUGGUACAGUUGUAUAUCUUUAUAUCCUUGGCCUGCACUGAAUGUGUUUUGUUAGCAGUUAUGGCCAUUGACAGAUGUAUUGCUAUUUGUUUCCCCUUACGUUAUACAGUCAUUAUGAACCACACAUUUUGUAUUCAACUAGCUAUUGGGUCUUGGGUGCUGGGUUUUUCUAUUGCAAUGGUCAAAGCAUUUCUUAUUUUUAGGCUUCACUUCUGUGGCCCGAAUGUGAUCAACCAUUUCUUUUGUGACAUUUCUCCAGUCCUGAAUUUAGCUUGCACAGACAUGUCUUUUACUGAGCUGAUGGAUUUCAUACUUGCUAUGGUGAUCAUCAUGAUUCCUCUAGUAGUGAUCAUCAUCAUAUAUAUUUGUAUUCUUUGGACAGUGCUAAUAAUACCAAACAACGUGGGACGCCAGAAGGCUUUCUCAACUUGUGCUUCUCAUCUUACCAUUGUCAUAAUAUUUUAUACAACCACGUUAUUUAUUUAUGCAAGACCAAGAAAAGCGAAUCCAUUUAAUAGGAAUAAAUUGGUAACCAUUUUAUAUUCCAUUUUGACCCCACUUAUAAAUCCAAUAAUUUACUGCCUGAGGAAUAGAGAAGUACAACACGCAAUAAGAAAAUCAAUUACUAAAUACAUUGUAAGAGGCUCCUCAGCCGCCUCCUAG